UAUUGCAGACGGGGCAAAGUACUCGAAUGGCGUGAAGUCGUAAAGUGUGAAGUGUUUUGUGCGAUUUGAACUGUAAAUUAGUGUGAAGUUCUUCAAAAGUAUUCGAAGAGACACAAAUGUCAACUACAAAACAUAUCAAUGUUUACAAAAUAAAGAAACAGCUUUUCUAGCGAGAACUAUUCAUGAUUUUCCAAUAGUCACCUAAAGGCGUCUUCUUGGAAUAUGGAAGACCUAACGAUUCAAUGCCCUUUUUGUUGUACUGCUACGUUCAGCUCUAAAGAAUCAUUAGUUGAUCAUUUGUCUCACAUCGUCGAAAGAUUAGUAUGCCCAAUAUGCAAAAACAGUAUCUCAUCAUUAGAUAGUCUUAUAACACACUUAAAGUAUGAUAAUUGUAUAGAAACUAUAUUAUUAUGCCAGUAUACAAAUGGAAAUAGUAAUAAAGUAGAGCAAACUGAUGUUAACUUAGAUUUUGAGGAAAAUGAAAAUGUUGAACAAAAUGAAAACUGUAUAGAAAACAAUUCAGAAGACAUUUCUGAAGUCAGUAAAAUAUAUUCAGAAUUAUUAAGUAAACAUAUAGAUAUAAAAACACAAGACAUAAAACUUUUAAAGGAAAAUGGAAAUAGAUAUUUACUAGUUACAAAUAAUGACUCGGCACUCAAUGGAGGGGCUACACUAGUAUCAAAACAAAAUAAUGACGGAACAAUUUCCUUCAGUAUUCAAGAAUCCAAUGUGUCCGAGGCUAAUGAUUUAGUGGAAAAUGAACAAAUGGAUGCCAAAACAGAAAAUCAGAACCAACUGGAUUUGGAGAAUAGUGAUAAUAUAGAAGAGAUGUACAGCUGUAACACAUGUGGCGUUUCAUUUACAUCAGUGAUGGAUCAUAUACAAAACUACCAUAACGAUGAGGAUGUUGUCGUUGAGGAACCACUAGAGGAUGGCACUACAGAUUCAGUGGCCGUGGAAUACGAAUCGGUGCCAGAGGAGGCUGUGGUCGAGAAGCAGGCUUCACGGAGAAUGAUCACAGACACCGGCGAUAUUAUAGAAGAACCCCUUAGACAAAAUGAGCAAAAUGGACAAGUCAGAGUUAUAAUUCCUAUAAAUAAAGAUGGUGAUGUGAAAUUGGAGAAUAAACAAUACAUCCAAGUUGAUAAACUGGGAAAUAGUAUUGUUAAGGAAAACGCACCAGUUGUUGAUACAAGUAAUUUGAAAUUUCAUAAAGUCGUGAUGAAAACGAUGGAAGCACCAAAUGGAAAUAAAGUAAAAGUGUAUAACUGCACAACUUGCAAUUACCUGGUAUCCUCGCUGUCGGAAUUCAGAAGUCAUCCGUGCAAAAAUCGUGUUAUUUCAGAAAAAUAUAUUUGUCCCCAUUGCUCCGUUAUGUAUGACAACCCAAAAUCUUUAUGUGCGCAUAUGAAAGUUCAUAAAGAGAAACCAGCGACAUUCGCGUGUCCUGUGUGUCCCGAUGUUUUUGACGAACCGAAUUCUUUGUGUAACCAUAUAAAUGAGCAUAAAGGAAAUUCAGAUACAUCAUCUCUAUUGGAACCAAUUAGGUUUGACUGUGAAGUAUGCAGUACAAAAUUUCCAACUAGCAAAUCUUUAAAAUUACACAAACGGAUGCAUGAUCCUAUAAAGGCUCGACCCAUAGAACCACCGGUAGAGACAACAGAGGGCUCCGAUAAAUACCUCUGUUUAGUUUGCUUCAAGUUAAUACCCGUAGACUAUAAGGUUAUACACCAGAACUCGCACAAGGUCAGCAGCGAAAUGAUAUGUGAUAUAUGCAAUAAGAAGUUCCCCAAUAAGGAGUAUCUGGAGAUGCACAUGAAUGUACAUAAUAUGGAUAAGGUGACAGUGGGCAAACAGGACAACACGCUGCCCUAUCACUGUUUGUAUUGCAAUCGAAAAUUCGCGCGGCCGCAUGAGAAAGUGAAACAUGAAAGGAUACAUACGGGUGAGAAGCCACAUUCGUGUGAAAUCUGCGGCAAAUCUUUCCGUGUGUCGUAUUGCCUCACGCUACACAUGCGCACGCACACCGGCGCGAGACCGUACGAGUGUCCACACUGUCCUAAAAGGUUCAAAGCGCACAGCGUUUACAACCACCACCUGUUAACGCACUCGGAAGUUCGCGCAUACAAGUGCCCCUUUUGCCCCAAAGCGUUCAAGACGUCGGUACAACUCGCGGGCCACAAGAAUUCGCACACCAAGCCUUUCUCUUGCCAGCAGUGUAAUCGGCCGUUCGCGUCGCUGUACGCGGUGCGCGUGCACAUGGAGGUGCACACGCGGCAGAACAACCUGAAGUUCUCGUGCAGCGCGUGCGGCGCCAGCUACGCGCGCGCCUUCGCGCUGCGCGACCACCAGCGCACCGCGCACACCGACCGCCUGCCGCACACCCAAUUCAUAGACAACACGUUAAAAGUUAGCGAAGUGCCUGAAACAGAAGAAAUCUCACUCGCGACGGACGAACUUAAUAAGGAACUGCCAAAUGAUAUCAAUGAAAUAGAAAUGAAAACAGGAGAACUUAUUAUACCGUAAGAAAAACUACAAGUGUUGAGUGUAAUAAAAAUAAGUAAAUGUGUAAUUUAUUGGAUGUUACUGAUUCAUAACAUAUUUUGUUACCUUAGAAUACAUAUAUAAUUGAGAAAUAAAAUAUUUUUAACGGAUUUUAAACGCGAUUUAUUCAUUAUAUUAGCAGUCUCCCCGUGACUACGCUCGCUGUAAAGUGUUCGAAACGUCGGGGUUUAAAAUCCGUUAAAGAAUCUUUAAUUUCUAAAUACCUUCAUAUAUAAUCUGACGUAGAAGCGGUAUAUGCGAACAAACUGGCAGUUAAAGCCGUUCCGCGUUAGACAAAGACAGAAUAUACAUUUAAAGCAUUAGCUAAAAAGAGUUAGCAACGUGACUGACUAAACGCAACCAAGCUAAUUAGCUGACUUCAAACGGAACGUAUUUUGUAUUUUUACGCGUAUGCCGCUUCUACCUUUUAUAAGGUAACAAUCAUAUUUUGUAAUAAUUUAACAAAAAAUAAAUCAAUUUAAUUUUCCAAGAAUCAUUAGAUUUUAAGGAAUGUAAAAAAUACGUUCUACGAAUUGCGAUGUUGCUAAAAAUCGAAUUAGUAAAAAACACAUUGUUACAAUUUUGUUUAUCCAAAACAAUACAAUAGGAGUUAAUCCUAUAAUGAUUAGUUUAAGUUAUUGUUAAAGAGACGGUUAAAAAGGGAGGAUUAAAAAGUACGUACAAAGUCAUUGUUUUUCAAACAGUACCAUAAAACAUUACCGCAUUUGCGAUCAGGCCUAUGUAAUAAAAUAAGUGUCCUUUUGUUUGUAAUUGAUAUCUAUACUAAUAUUAUAAAGAUGAAGAGUUUGUUUGUUUGAACGCGCUAAUCUCGGUAACUA